CCCACGACUGCCUCUCUUUCCUCACCUCUAUGGUUCUUGUAUAGUGCAUUGCUGUCGUAUCUCUAAUUGUUUAGAUCAUUUCUGUUAUCAAUUUUUUCUCGACCCAUGGACGACAUUCAAGUCUGUUAAGUUCCUCGAUCCCUCGUCCGAUAACGGACCGCGACGCAAUCCUGCGACCGAAUUUUAUACCUGUCGGCCAGGCACAGCACUCGAAACACCUCAUAUUACGGCCUGUGCAUGAGGGAUUGCGAUACACAAUCUCCCUUACAUCCCUAAAAACACUCUCCUUUCCAACAUGUCCUCGACCCCCACAUCAAUCACCUCGUCACCGGCCAGUAUAGCGGAGCGCCCGCUGUCACAAGAAAUGGCCAAGGCCGGUACAGAGAGCGGAGUCCCGCCUCCCUCGACGAGCUCGAAGCGCGAUUACAAGGGGUUCGUUGCAGGCGUAUUCUCUGGUAUUGCCAAGUUAACAGUGGGACAUCCGUUCGAUACAGUCAAAGUGCGCCUGCAGACGAGUCACGAAUCACAUUUCAGGGGCCCGUUGGAUUGCGUACUACAGACGGUGCGGAAGGAGGGCGUGAGCGGGUUGUAUAAGGGAGCGACGCCGCCGCUGGUCGGAUGGAUGGUCAUGGAUUCGGUCAUGUUGGGGUCGUUGACGUUAUACCGCCGGUUGCUACUCGAGAAUGUCUUCUCGAAGCCUCAUAUACGCGCCAUGACUCCCCUCAGCGGCCGCCAAACCGAUCCCAACACUCUGCCUAGUUUCGGCCAUGGUAUCGCAGGGAUCAUGGCGGGGACAACUGUUAGCUUUAUCGCGGCGCCGGUGGAACAUGUCAAGGCACGGCUGCAGAUUCAGUACUCGGCGGAUAAAACGAAGCGCAUGUACUCCGGCCCUAUUGACUGCGUGCGGAAACUGCUUCGGACGCAUGGGAUAUCGGGGCUCUAUCGCGGACUUUGCGCAACCAUUAUCUUCCGCGCCUUCUUUUUCUUCUGGUGGGGCUCAUAUGACGUCCUGACGCGGUUGAUGAAGGAGAAAACCAGUCUGUCUGCCCCCGCGAUCAACUUCUGGGCGGGUGGUAUCUCGGCGCAGAUCUUCUGGCUCACCUCAUAUCCGUCGGACGUGGUGAAGCAACGGCUCAUGACGGACCCAAUGGGAGGAGCCUUAGGGGACGGGGAACGCAGGUUCCGCCGGUGGAAAGAUGCAGCAAUCACGGUGUAUCGGGAACGCGGACUGAGAGGGUACUGGAGGGGAUUUGUACCGUGUUUCUUGCGAGCAUUCCCGGCGAAUGCCAUGGCAUUGGUUGCAUUCGAGGGGGUGAUGCGGUCACUGCCAUAGAUUUGGGCCUAUAGUGAUUGCCCCCCUCUAUUGUAAG